GAGGCCUUGAUGGAGCUCUUGGGAUCAGCUUCACCGUAAAUUCGGACACAGGGAGAGGCAGUUAGUUAACAACCGUACGUAUACAACAGAUAAUAUCGCCCACACCACUGUGGACGACCUCUCCCGAGAUGCAGACAACACCGUUCAGCAACCUCAUCAACCACAACAAGAAAACAAAUCCAGGAUUUCCAUCACAGGGAUGCAGCAAUGUCAGCAAUCCAUGCCGUCUCCAUGUGUCUCUUCAUGAGGACGACAGCACCGAGAAGCGCGGGGCAUCUGCACGCGUAGAUGGAGAGGGGCAUGAGUUUGAAUCGACGCUUUCAUCACAGACUUGCAUGUCCAUCGUACCUUUGAAUUGCUCUGGUCUCCUGACAGCUCUGAUUGCGAUGGACACCACAGGGGCAGGCGAGCCGUUCCAGCCUGGAGGCACAUGCCACCACGCACACAUGUCUCACUGUGUCUCUCUGUUAGGACUGAGGGUGGCCUGCCUGUACCUGUCGCCUCCUCGUCAAGAUUGAUUUCGGCCUCCCCGCCUGUCUCAAGCCGCUCCACAUGCGCCUGCAGCGGCACAGUGACCUCCAUGGUCGCGCUGGUUUGUGCCGCCGAUCCUUGAGUGGCCUCUUCGGGGCUGAAGGAGAACCAGAAGGGCGCGCUGCUGGACAAGCUGACUUUGAUGGUGAGAGUGCUGGUGUCAGUGUCGUCGACAAGAGGGACGGCAAAGACAGGAGGGGGCGAACACAGACCUUCACUCGAGACGAUGAUCCGCUGCACAUAGAGACGACAUCCAUAAAUGUGUAUGUCUGCCGCGCUGGCUCUGGCCGACCGAUGCCUCUCUCUUGCCAUCCGUCUCGUCCGGCAGCUCCACAGACAGCCUGGCGACCUUCUCCCCCUCGCCACCCAGACCAGCUAUCUUCCACACCACCACCCACACACCACACAGCCGCCCCUCCCUCACAACCGGCCAGUCGUCCCCAGCGUCAGCGGCCUCCUGCAUGACCAUCAGCCGGACUGCCGGCUCAGUGUCGCCUUGCCACGCGAGUGGCGAGGAGAGAAGCUCUCCUGUGCUGUCGGGGGCGUGGAGACACACCCAUGUCGACCUUGAGGCGGUGAGGGCCGGCAGGUCGAUCGAGGCUUGCAUGACCGGGGGAACGGACGUGUGUGCCGGGCUGCGAAAAAAAUCCAGUGUUAGGGUGCUGGUGUCGGCCUCUGCCGGCAGUGGCAGUUUGUUGGGCAGCAGCGCCGCAUUGAUGGUCCUGCCCUCCUCAUCGCUGGCAGAGAGGAAGGGGUGCCCGGUCAGGGAGACAACGACGCUCUCGUCGCUGAUUGACAGGCGCAUGGGACCCUUGACCAUCAAAGGGAGGUUGGCCACCUCAGCUAGACGCACCACAGGCCCCGAGACGGCAGAUGGCGGCGCUGCUGACACCAGAGGCAGUGCCUCUGUCUCGAGGAUGUCUGUGAGGCUGGAUGACUUGACGGGAGGGGCGGGCAGGCUUUCGGCCUUGCCUCGUUGGAUCGCCGGCUCGCUUGCCGCUGUGGCUAACAGGUCCGGUGAAGGUGAUUGGUCGGCUGGGUCGGCCUGACAGAGACAGUAGAUAUGUAUGCAUGUUUGUUUGUUUGGGUCAUUCAUAGAGAUGUCUGUCUUAUGCGCGCGGCGCUUGCCUUGGCGGCGGCGGGUUUGCCACGCCCAGUGAAGCUGAGCCCCCUGAGGAUGCCGCCACCUUUUUCCUUCUCUUCUUUCUCUGCCUGACCUAACACCUACAGAAACAAGAGAGAGAGAGACUCCCACUCACACAAAACUUGCUCUUCUCUUCCGAUGCCAAGUCACUACCUACCUUCAUAGAGCCGUCUUGUACCUGUCCCAGCAGGCCAGCCAGUGGAGGUGGAAGGUGCUCCCAGCUGACUGGUGGUUGGGACAAAGGUGAUCGGACGUCGAUCACAGAGAGGUUAUGGCAGCGGCAGGCAGCUGCUGGGGGCUGGAAAGCGGCAGAUGGCUCCUCGACCGACUGCUUCUCUGAAGCGCACGCAGAUCGGUUCUGACCACCCACCCCACGGCACAUCACAUCUGUGCGCGCUCACUUCUCUUAUCAUCUCCUGGCUCGGCUGUGCCUGUCCAAAUGCCGUCCGUGAGAGCCAUCCACUGUCCCGUCUUCUCCUUGAGCAGCUCCCGCAGAGCCGGCACAUGCUCCUUGACCUUCUCGUCUGCUCUCCUGACGGUCGACCGCCUGCCCCUCUGCCGCCCCCUGUCCUUCGCGCCAGCAAACACGGGCACCACAGCCUUCCCCAAGACAAAAGGGAAUGUGGACUGUGUGUCCAUUUGCUUGAAGGAAGACUGGAGGUCGCCUGUCCCCGUCCGCACUAGCAGUCCCCCUGGCUUUCUCGGCUCCGCUUUCUUCUCUUCGGACACGCCGAAGUGCCCCGUGACUUGUAUCUCCAGCUGCAGCGGGCCACCGAAGUGCGAGGGUGUGAGGGGGAAGGUGAGGUCCAUCACGGGCCAAUAUAUCCACACUGCUGGGACGGGAGGGGGAGCGUCGGCCUCGGCGGCGGCAUCUGUCGCGGCUGCUGGGUCUGCCGUGCUUGUGCGAGGGUUGGUGUCGUGAAGGAAUGCGCGGAACGAUCCGUCGGGUAUGGUCAUCUCGCUGUUGCCGAGCUUGAUGGUGACGCUGCACACACGAAAAACGGAUCAAUGAAUGGGGUGGGCGAAUGGAUCCCUUUACCUGCAUUUGACGAAUGCUGACAGGGGGGCAGGGAGGGAAGACAGCACUCGAGGGUAGAAUAUGAAUUUCCCCUCAAACCCGCCACAGUAGACCGCGUAUGCGUCUGCCGCCCCAACACUUUGCGGCACAUCCGUCAGCCCCACCAGCGACAGCCGAUAUCGCACCUCACCAAACGGACAGAGGAACGCCGAGUGCAUCUCCCCUGCCCCCGCUGCCAUGGCCUCAUCUGCCUCAUCCUCACCCUCGACGCCCUCUGUCCACUGCCACUCGUCACCACCCAUAGCUAAUGACUCCACGGGAAGCCUGGCUAGGGCGAUUGGCUGGCUGUGGCCGUCAGAGAAAAAGCUGAGGGAGAUAUAGCUGUCCGUCGGUGUGUAUGGCAGCCACGCCACGUCGCCAAACCGGUAGCUGGGGCCACUAGUGCCGGCUGCGAAUGCCCUCGACAGGGACACCUCCCCGUGAUGGACAUAAGACACCUCGUCGCCCUCGGCUGUCGUUGGCUCAACAGCUGCCUUCAGCGACACGUGUCUCCCUGUCUGCAACCCCUGAUGAGCACUGUCGGACGAUGUCCAUGCUGUUCCCUGCGGCAUCUCCGCGACAAAGAUAGGCCGCAACGGUGUUGAGGAUGGCCCGCCUCCCAACCUCAUUUGGUCAGGAAAGGAGGGCACGUCGACCACUUGUAACCUGAUGGCCUUUCGCUGUCGCAGCGGCAACAGAGCUGGGAAGAUGGGCACCAGGCUUUCUUCUUCGUCGAAUGAGGGCAUGGCCACGGGAGGGAUGGUGGAGACACACAGGCGGAGCGACGGCAUCUUGGACAGACCGCCGAGUUCGGACCUCACUGCCGUGCGGAUGUGAGCUCCGAGUCUGUCCAGCUCUUCGAGAGAUGCUGACGCCUCUGACGGAGCUGGGUGCCUCUCUGACUGUCGCCGCGAUGGGGCGGACGUCUGCAUGUGCUCCGAGUCGCUGAGGAAUGACACUUGUGGCCGACCUUUCAUGUCGAGAUAGCCGUCUGCGGCCUCGCUGAUGUCGACGUCCGACUCCCAUCGGCACAGCCACUCGAGUCGGCCGACCUCACCGAGGGUCUCUUCGUCUAUGCUGAAGUGUCUAGUGGUCGACUGAUAGGGCAUCCCGCCUGCUGCAAACCUCAAAUAGCCGUCAGUUGAGGCCAACAGUGGAGGCAGCGCUCCCCCGGCAGCAGCUGGCUCGUCCGUCAAAAAGAGGACAAAGAAGUCCACGGCCACUUGGACGGUCAGCUCCUCCUCUUCCUCUUCGUCUUGCCUCCGUCUCUUCGCCCUCUGCUGCUUUCUGAUCUCCUCGAUGUCGAGCGUAAGGCUUUCGUCAAAGUCCACAAUGCACUGCGACUCUGUGGACGACCCUGCGGAGCCGUGAGACAUGAUCCUUCGGGAGGCGGCAGGCGAGAAAGGCUGCUCGGACAAACGCGAGAGCGAUGCCGCAUCGGCCGCGGUGCACGCGAAGACAAGAGGUGGCACGAGCUUUGUCUGUGACGAAAUCCUGCCGGCCUGCACUCUCGCCCGGAAGAGCAACACAACUCCCUUGAGCAUGGGCAGAUCGGAUGCAGGCGGCUUGGUGUCCCACGGCAAGAGGAUGUUGAGCUCUCGGGACGCGUCGUGGAGACAGGACAAGGUCCUCAUCAGGAAGGCGUCAAAGCCCUUGAAGUCCGCCAUCACCAGCCUCAGCAGUCGGCCCGGCAUGGCUGCUGUCGACGGCCGCUUUUUCUUCUCCACCUCUACAGGCACCGGCAUGCCCACGGGUGGGGCAGCUGUCUCAGGUCUUGGAGUGGCGGUGCCGCUGACAGGGUGCUGUUGAAGUCUUUCGAGGGUAGAGAAGAAGCGGGACGGCACCAAGUCGGCAAGGUCGGCAUUCUCCUGCUUCACCUUGUCGUAUUUGGUCUGCAGCUCGGGCAAGUUUGCCUCAAGGAGCUGCGGGAACUCGCGACUUAAAGGAGCCGUGUCAAGGAGUUGGUCGCAGAGGGCGAGCGCUGAGAGGAGGAAGCUAUGCAGAGACUCCCCGGCUGACACCUUGGUCUCCAGCUCCUUGACCGUCUCCUCAUUCUUGGAUUUCUCUUCGGCCAUCUGGUCAGAUCGCACCUUGCAUCCUUGCACUGCAGCUUCCAUUUCGCCUGUCAGGGCCUUCAGCUGAUCCAUCGGGACAUCUUCGUCAGGUUUUCUCAAUGAGUCAGCUUUCGCAGGAUCAAGGUCGCAAAUCACGGCCUGAGGGGCAAAGAAGAAGGAGACAUUUGUGUCGCUCGUUUUGCCGUGCACAUACACAGUUGACCACCCCCCCGCUCCCCUACCCGAAUUGGUUCGAUCAAGGCCACCACUUCCGCAAGUGGGAGACUGGGGGCACCAGUGGGACUCGUCUCUUGUCGUCCGUCCGCGCCUUCUUGCUCGUCCGUCCUUUCCGUCUCUGUCCCUUGUCUCAGCGCCUCCUACAAGAACACACCACAGACCAGAUAACCCGACACAGGGCGACAGCUGCCCGCGUACCAUGCCUCGUUGGAGUCUCUCAUUCUCUAUCGACAGGCGCCGACACUCAACUUGCCUCUCUCCCAGGGUCCUUUUGGUCUCGUCCUUCUCCCUCUCUGCCUUGGCCUUGCCCCCCUCUGCGUCGAUAAGGUCCAUUUCCAGGGCGUUCUUUUUCUCCUCGGUUUUCUCAAGUUCAUCGCGCAGCUUUCUUGUGUCGCCCACGAGGCGCUCGUUUUCUUCUUCCAGCUUGGCGACUUUUUGCAGGGCUUCCUCGUGCUUCUUCGGCGGGAUGAGCGGCGCAGGCUCCCGGCCCAAUUCAUAAUCUUUGAGGCGGUCCUUGAGGAUGGCGUGCUCAGUACUGAGCCUGUCCAGCUGAGGUCACAGCGAGUGGCGACAUAGCGUGCUUGAAUGCUUGUGAGCGUUUUUUGUGUGUGUUGUUGCUCACGUCGUCUUUUGCUUUCCUCCUUCCUCCUUCCACUUUGGCGAUUUUGUCGUCCUUCUUUCUCGCCAGCUCCUCCAACCUCCCGCACUUCUUCUCAAGGGCCUUGGUCUCCUCUCGUUGUCUCGUGUACAUGGCGUGGAGCUCAUCGUAGGUCUGCUGUUUGCUCUCGUGGAACGACUGCGUCCUGGCCAGCUCACGCCGCAGACGCCCAUCGUUCUCCCGAAGACUCUCGACCUCCUGCUUCAUGAACUGCACACAAUCACCGUACACACAUCACAUCUCGAUCCAGUGAGACACGCUCCUUGUUUCCUGCCUGACUUUGAGGUCUUCCAGCGUUUUCUGAUGCUCGAGCCGCAGCCGCCUGGCAGCUUUCACUUCGUCUGGUGUGAGGUUGGACUGUCUCAGCCGCUGCACCUCCUCACGGUAGGUCUGCAGCUCGGCCCGCAGCUCCUGCACACUCGUGUAGGCCAUGUCGUGCUUCAACACGUCGAUCACCUGCAGAAACAAACAACGGGCUCGUACACCCAAGUCGAUAACGUCGUGAGACACACACUCUUGACCUGUUGCUUCUCAUCCAGCUGGCUGUCGAAAUCCUGCAGACGACUUAGGUGGACCAGCAACCUCGCCACCUCAUUCUCCACACGCACCAGCAAGGCCUGCGGCGGGGACGGUAUCCCACCACCCGGCCCACCGCCUCUCUCCCUGUGCGCAUGGUGGCUCCUAUCUCUCCCUGACGACCCCAGCCCACUGCGGCCCCUGCCGCCGGCAGGGAACGAGUGGCCGUAGGCAAAUGCCGGCUGUGGGCUGCAGCUGUGGGAGCGGUAGUGGGAGAGCAGCUCCUUCAAGAUCAGCAGCAGCUUAUUGAUUUCGCCUUCCAGGCCGCGGCACUUCCUUCUGUAGUGGAGGCUGUCGCGAGACUGCUCAUAGUUGUCCUGACAGACAAACAGACGAGCCUCAUUGUUCAGGACAAUAGAAGGGAUGGUCACCUGCUUCAAGUGUAGAAUGUCGUCCAUCAGUCUUUCCUUCGAGAAGUCGUCACGUGAUUCGAUGUAUCCCGCCUGCCUCAUACCCGCCUUAUCGCCGCCAGCACCCUCCAACAGCGACUGCAGCGGGCUGAAUGUGUCGGGCUCCUCAUCCUCUUGCCCGAAUCUCGCCGGCGUCCGAUACCCCUGCGCACUCCUGGCCCUCACAUUGCUCCCCUUCUUGCUUGGGCUGCUGCUCUGCAUCGCAGUGCUGAGAGGGACGGGCUCACGUGUGCCGGCGCUGGAUGGCCGGGUUUUAAUGUGUCGGCCGAAUCGCUGCUCAGGAGAGG